AUGGUGACCUCGGCAGCUGCACCUGCGCCUUCUAGCCGACCUGCGCUAUCUUUGCCCCCCUCUCAAUUCGCGCGCCUCCAGCCUCACGCCUACCUACUUGCCCAUCUCUCUCCGCCAUCAACGAACAAUCAACCCUCCAUCCGCGCCAAUGGCCGCGCUCCUACGCAAUUCCGAGUGACAUCAGCCAAUGCAGGCUCUCUGACACACACCAAUGGCAGUGCCGUAGUGCGAAUUGGUGAUACCGCGGCUGUUUGUGGAGUCCGUGCGGAACUUUUGCAUACCGAAGAUAUCGCCUCGUGGAGCGUGUCGCAAGCGACUAGCUCGAACAAGUCCCCGCGCUCAGUGGAUCAGACCGAGGAGUUGGGUGAGCAGGAUGACAACGAGACCAUUGAGCGAGAACGAGCUCACAUCGAAGAUCUCAAUUUACUUGUUCCCAAUCUUUCAUUGAGUACAGGUUGCGCACCAGGGUUUAUCCCGGGUUCAGCACCGUCAUCGCUCGCACAGUCUCUCUCUCAUCAGAUUCUUUCCCUCCUACAUAGCACUCGCCUCGUUCGCGCCGAUGACCUCCGCAUAUGGUAUCAGCCGCCUUCAAUGGGACCGGAGGAGUUGGAACGACACAAUGAGGAGGAGCAGAUGGACGUGGACACGGCCCAGAAUGACCCCGUUGAAGAGAGCCCACGGGAAAUCAAAGCUUUCUGGGUGCUCUAUAUUGACAUCAUGAUAAUUUCUCUUGCCGGCAACGCCUUCGAUGCUGCUUGGGCGGCUGUUCUCGCUGCUCUCCGAGAUACGAAACUUCCGAAGGCUUGGUGGGAUGUUGAUAACGAGACCGUGGUAUGCUCGGACAGCAUCUCCGACGCUCGCAAACUUUCUCUUCGAGGUCUGCCAGUGGCCAGCUCAUUCGCUGUAUUUGAAGCAGAUGCUGCUGCAGGGUGGCGGGCAGUCGUGAUUCCAGAAGCGGCAGAGAUGAAGGCGCAAAGGCUCGCAAGGAAAGGCGGCGUGUCAGAGAGAUGGCUUUUGGCAGAUCCGGAUGGCUAUGAGGAAGGUCUCACUCAGGAGCGAGCAUGUGUUGUCGUUGACAAGGACACUGAUGGAAAGGUCAUCAUCUUGGAGAUGGAAAAGAAUGGGGGAUGGACGAUCGACACGGAAGAUCUGCAACAGCUGGUCGACCUCUCUUCACAGCGGUGGGAAGAUAUGAAGAGGAUACUCGACGAGUGUUGA